AUGCAUCUCAGCAGCAUCAACUCUCUGUCAGACGACCUGCUUGUUAAAAUCCUAUUGCAUUCACAGCCGCCCGCGUCUCGCAAAUCCGCAAGCAGCGAAAUAUGGGCCUCCGUGGAGCCUCGGCCCACAUACACCUCCCAACAUCCGUACGGUGACGAGUCGCUUCAGCAGCAGACCGACAAUCCACUAGCGCCGCCUCCGGCUUCCGCAGACGCCGCGUUUACUCUUCUCAUCGCAUCCGUCUGCCGCCGAUGGCGCCGCCUCGCUCAGCGCCACGUCGCGACGUUCCUGGUGAACGAGGACCGCGUUGUUUCCCGCCAAGAUCUAAAAAACGCCAUCCGCUGCUUCCCGAAUCUCACCCGCCUGCAUCUCUCGGACGGCAGCAUCGAAACCAUCGACGACGCGCUCCUCGCUCAUAUCGCCGCGUCAUGUCCGAAGCUAAAGGCUUUGCACGUGGGGAACGAGAUCACGACGAUGGACUGGGAGAGGGAGGAAGACCACCCCGUGACCGAAGCCGGCUUGGACCAUCUCCUGCGUCGCUGCACGCAGCUGCAGCACCUCUCGCUCUACUGCCUGCACGGAGCCGCCAAGGUACCUGAUGCGUUCUUUCACCUCACGAAGCUGCACUCGCUGGGUCUCACCAUCCCUCCUCUGCCCAGGCUCAAGAAGCUGACCCUGAUUUGUGUUGGCCUUAUCAGUGGCAUUGAUUUGCUGGACAGGGGAUCUGGGACGCCGGAGGGCGCUGCCGUGUCUUCCAUUCUGCCCUCUCUGGAGGAUCUGGAGGUGCAUCUGGCAGGGGAGGCAGAGGAGCUGCCACUACCCCUCGCGUUCUGCCCCAACCUCCGUACGUUGACGAUUCACAGUGGUGGCCGCAUGUAG